AUGUCUCUCGGAAAGAAAGUCACUCUUAACACCGGUCACCAGAUCCCCCAGCUGGGCUUUGGGACCUGGCAAUCCCUCCCUGGUCAGGUCGGCAACGCUGUUUAUGAGGCCUUGAAGGCCGGUUACCGCCAUCUGGAUUUGGCCACUAUCUACCAGAACCAGCGUGAGGUUGCCAAGGGUAUCAAAGAUGCUUACAGGGAUGUCCCCGGUUUGAAGCGUGAGGAUAUUUUCAUUACCUCCAAACUAUGGAACAGUGAGCACCACCCGGACGAUGUCGAGAAAUCCCUUGAUAAGUGUCUUGCCGAGCUUGAGCUAGACUACCUUGAUCUCUACCUUGUUCACUGGCCCGUUGCAUUCCAGCGGGGUGACGACUACUUCCCCCUCGUUGCCAACAGCAAUGUUGAGGGAGGUGACGUGGUUAUUGACGAUAGCAUCUCCAUCGUGGAUACCUGGAAGGCUAUGAUCAACCUUCCCAAGGACAAGGCUCGCUCUGUCGGUGUAUCUAACCACAAGAUUGAGCACCUUGAGGCUAUCAUCAACGGCAGCGGUGUUGUCCCCGCUGCUAACCAGAUUGAGCGCCACCCUGUCCUCCAGAGUAACGACCUGAUCGAGUACUGUCAGAAGAAGGGCAUUCACGUCACUGCCUACUCUGCGUUCGGUAACAACAUGCUUAACAUUCCCCUUCUGAUCACCCGGCCCGAGGUCAAGGAGGUUGCCGAAUCAGUGUCGAAGCGCACUGGUCAGGAGGUCAGCCCUGCUCAUGUCAUCCUCGCAUGGUCCCAGGUUGGCGGCCACAGUGUCAUCCCGAAGUCGGUCACCCCGUCGCGUAUCCGGGACAACUUCAAGGAGGUGGAGCUCACGCCUGAGGAGGUUCAGAAGGUCAGCGCCUUGGGCCAGAACCGCAGACGUUAUAACACUCCUUUCGCUGCUAACAAGCCUCGUUGGAACAUCGACAUCUUCGGCGAGCCCGAAGAGAAGGCUGCUGGUCACAAGGUCAUUGUUUAA